AAUUCAACCGAUACAAGAUCGUCUCUUACUCAAAGUUGUGUGUUUGUCAGUUGUCAAUUUGAAACGCUGGCUACUCCUUGGUGGACGGGUCAAGUUGGCCUUCCAGGCCUAGACCCAGCUUCGCUUUCCCCUUCUUUCAUCAAAGCCAACCGUGAAACCGCCACUAAUGAAACCAGUAAUAGAAGCAGUGAUAGUGGCGAUAGAGACGCUGGCGAUGAGCUCAAAGAAGGUGCGGGUAACCGAAGACUUAGAGGCCGUCCUCCUGGAUCCAAAAAGAAACCAAACCUACCAAUUUUUGUUCCCACGGACAGUCCUAAUGCUCUUCGUAGCCAUAUAUUGGAAGUUGCUGCCGGAGCUGAUGUAGCUGAAAGUUUAGCCCAGUUUUCCCGGCGCCGUCAAUGCGGCCUUUGUGUGCUUAGCGUUAGUGGAUCAGUAGUCAACGUAACCCUAAGACAGCCAGCAACACGCGUUGGUGUAGCCACUCGUCGUGGUAGGUUUGAGAUUUUGUCCUUAGCUGGAGCAAUUUUGCCUCCCCCUGCUCCACGUAGCUCCAGUGGAUUCACGGUGUACUUAGCUGGCCGAAAGGGAAAGGUUGUGGGAGGAAGUGUGAUGGGUCCACUUAUUGCAGCUGGACCUGUUAUUGUAAUUGCAGCAACAUUUACUAAUGCUGCUUAUGAAAGAUUGCCAUUAGAGGAUGACGAGGAACUUGGCAGUGGCAGUAGCUGUGCACAAGUACAGUUACAAGGCGGCGCUAAAUAUUCAUCACUUCCUAUUAGAAGUUAUCUAGCCAAGGCGGUAACCGGAACUUUGCCGAAAGAUGAACCACUUUCGGAUUUUCUUUUCGCUAGCAGUGAAGUUAAGAAAAGAAAAGUCUCAGCAUCAUUAUCAACGGAGGGAGAUAUGUUCGAAACAAUGACUUCUUUGAAAGGUUUGAAUGGCCUUCCUCGAUAUAUCCCGUCCCUUCCUCGAUAUAUCCCGUCCAGGGGGGAAGAUAGAUCAAAAAUAACGACCUCCUCUCAAUUUCAAGGAUUUCUUGGACUUACACUGAGUGAAAUGGGAGUUGGAUUAAAGUUCCAAGACGAGAACGCUGAAUCUUCAAUUACAGCCCCAAAACUUGAAAAGCUGGAAGCAGAAAGUUGCAUAACUUAUCGGGAUAGUAUUCAAGAAGUGCCAACUACAGUGCCUGAUUUUGAGAUGGCGGUGGACGAAAAAAUAAGGUCCAGAGAUUCAUCGUCUUGGGAAUUGUUCUGUGAAAAUGUUGGAGAAGUUGCUUAUUCUUCAAGUCUUCAACCAUUAGCAGUUGAAUUAGUUAACAAGUGCUGUGACAAUGCACAUGCCAUCAGGAUAAUGGCAGCCGCUUUGAAAGAUGUGUCUGAUGUUGAUAUAUGGAGAACAGCGCUUGAAAUGUUAGGAUUGGGAUUGCAGUCUACAUCAAAUAAAGAAAGUAAAGAAAAUGUAAUGGUUAAUGUGGUGAAAUUUAGCUACCAGCGUCUACAAGAUGAUAAAACAAGAAAGUGUUUGAGAAAUUGUGCUUUUCUCUGCAAUAAUGAAUUGAUUGCAAUAGAAUUGCUGGUACAAAGUUGCCUAAUGGAUGGCCUAAUUGUUUCAUAUGAUGAAGGCAAGAAAAUGUUAAUAACUUUUAUAAAUUUAAAUCUGUUGGAGAGCUUAGAGGAUGAAGAUUAUGUGAAGAUGCAGAAGAAAAUUUGCUGUAUAUUGCUAGAGCAUAUAAUUCCUCUGGAGAUAGGUCAAUCGUUUCUUGGUCAAGGUAGUAUGGGAUUGACUAAGCCACCAAAGGUCGAGGAAUGGGUAAAGUCUAAAGAGAUUUAUUUGAUGGAUAAUCAAUUGUUUGAAUUGCCAUUGAAUCCGGUUUGCCCUAAACUUGAAGCAUUAUUUCUUGGAAGAAACAACAAACUAAGAAUGAUAUCUCCUUCAUUUUUUGAUCAUAUGCCAGCACUACAAGUUCUGAACUUAUCUAGAACUUCUAUAAAAUCUUUGCCCGAGUCUCUUUUCACAUUGGUCAACCUUAGGAGGCUGUUCUUAAGCCACUGUGAUUUUAUCAUGAAUUUAUCGCCUAAAGUUGGAGAACUUAAGCAACUUGAGGUUCUUGAUCUUUCAGGAACAGAGAUUAUGUGUUUGCCUAUGGAGGUUGGACUAUUAACAAAACUCACAUGUCUAGAAGUGUCAUUUUUUGAACCUUCUAGUCAAAAGAGAUCAGAUAAAAUAAUUCCUUAUGAGGUUAUACCAUCUUUAUCUCAAUUACAGGAAUUAAAUUUUGAUGUGAGUUCCGAAGACAGGCGAUGGAAUGCAUGUGCAGAAGCAGUUGUUGCUGAAAUUUCUAAACUACAAAAUUUAAAUAUGCUCAAAUUGUAUUUUCCUGGAGUGAAACUCUUGAGCUAUUUAAAUUGUGUAGAUGACGUGGAAAUGGCAUCUCCAUUGCUAUCACAUUUCAGAUUCAUUGUUGGUCAAUUUGUGGAGCGUGUAAUAUGUCGAGUUCCCCGCGAUACUGAAUUUGAGCUAGAACGAUAUGAUAAGUACUUAAAGUAUGUAAAUGGUGAAGGCAUUCCUGAAGAUAUUAAAAGGGUGCUUAGACAUGCAAAUGCAUUCUUCUUGGACCGACACUCGACUAUCAGUAAAUUAUCUGAUUUUGGGUAUGCAAAUAUGAGGAAAUUAAAAUGUUGUGUAGCAGGGCAAUGCAAUGAGCUUCAAGCAAUUAUAGAUGGGAAUCAAAUUGAAAAUGAGUCAUCUAGUGAUGCCAUUGUUGGUUUUGAAUCACUAGAAUAUCUGCAUAUAUACUACAUGAAGAAUUUAAGGAGCAUAUGUGAAGGGCCAGUGAAUAAUCACAGCUUCUGUAUGUUGAAGUACUUCACUUUGCGCACAUGUCCCGAGCUCACCACCAUCUUCACGCCAGAAUUUCCUGUAAGUUUCUCCAACUUGGAAGAGCUGACAAUUCAUGAUUGCCCCAAAAUAACAAGCUUAGUGAGUUGCUGUAGUUUUGAGGACAAGAUCAGUUGCGUAAUCCUUCCAGCCUUGAAAAGGAUAUCACUUCAUUUCUUACCAAAAUUGACUAGCAUCUCAAAUGGUUUGGCUAUUUCUCCAGAACUGGAGUUAAUGAGCUUUCGCUAUUGCCUAAAUCUCAAGAGACUACCAAUUAGCAAAGAUUUCAAUAAGAAUCUGAGAAAGAUUACAGGAGAGUCCGGCUGGUGGCGAGGAUUGGAAUGGGAAAGUACUCCUUGGGAUGAUGUUUUUGUUGCAAUUGAUUAAUGUAAUUUAUUACUGCAAACUUGUAAUCUUGGUGUCGGUUAGGCAUAUAUAUUCAUGACUGUUACAUUGUGUUGUGAACUAAUCUUCAAGCAUACAAAAAUUAGAGACAGAGAUUUUGCA